AUGUCCACCCCCAUUCCUGUUGACCGAAACCUCAUCGCCAUACUCGGUGAGCAUGGACCUGGAUUCGAGUUAGCCUGUACACGGUCGCAAGACUGCAAGGUGUGCCCCGCCAUUGACCACGUCACUGUGGUGUGCUUGGAGGAACAACACUUUGGCUUGCUCUUCGACUAUUGCUUAUUGUCCGACAUCUCUCGUUGCCCCAUGAAACCCAGUCGCGUCCAGUCGUCCGAAAAGGAGAGAGCUUUCAUGCUCGAGCGCGCGAAGGCACUCAAAGGCGGUCCGAGGUUCGGAGGAUGGGUAUACAUGGGGAUGGUGCGCGAGUUCUGGAAGGAGAGCAACAGGGGAAAGCGUGCUUUGUCCCUGUUCUCCCCAAGCAGCGCGUGGGCGGAGGGGAGAACAGCGCUGGUGGAGGCCCUGAUUUACGUUCAUGAGGAUUAUUUUCCGGUCUCUGUCCCUCUCUUAGGGGAGAUCAACAGUACGAAGUCGGAAGUGACUAUACGAGGGCCGUAUCAUCAACCCCUCCUCUUGCAGCUCCUCCCGGGUCUGAACCCGUUCAAAAGGCCACCGAAAUCAGGCCGCCUUCCCAUCCCCGUCCUCGACCCCUACGAACCGUCUCUGCAAACGUUCAAAGUGUCAAAAACAGAGGAGUCGUUCUGCAUUCGUCUCCCCCUGCCUCUCACCAGCGUCCUGGUGCUGAAGCUCUCCAGCGUUGCGAUGACGCUGUUGGUGAUCAACUUCGCAGCUGGAGCAGAGGACAUGCCGCCGCUGUGCUCGAUGAAGCGCAACUUCAUCGAGCUGGACUGGAUCUGGCCAGUGGGACUUGCAAAACGUCGCGAAUAUCUGGAGGCAGAGUGGAGCGUGGUGCAGAUGCCUGAUCCCAAGGGUCUGGUGGCAGUGCGUCCUGGGCCUGGAGAGGCCGGGUGUCAGCUGCGACGGGUAGGCGAGGGCAAGGAGGUGCGCUGGGAGGAGCUCAAUAAGAAGGGCUUGGAUGCGGAGAACCCCAUCAUUAUCGCCUGA